AUGGUACCUACGCCCUCCCCUCAGGCAGGACCUUCUCGUGGGCAGUCGCCAGCAGAACCUUCUCAUGGACCUUCACAUGGCCAGUCACCGGCAGGAUCUUCAUGUGGCCAGUCACCGGCAGGACCUUCACAUGGCCAGUCACCGGCAGGACCUUCAUGUGGCCAGUCACCGGCAGGACCUUCACAUGGCCAUUCACCUUCCCCACUUGAGUCGCCGAUACCUGCCAGACACUCAACCGUUGAUAUUGCCGACGCUCGACUGCAUAUAGUCCCUCUUGGAGACUCAUUUGAAAAUUCAGUAACUGUUGUUCGUGAGAUUAAUCAAAUUGUGAAUAACUUUUGGAAAGGAGACUCAAUGUCAUACUCAAGCACUCCAGCACCCACAAAAGAACUCUGGUGGUGCGAGUUUAAGGGUUGGUAGAAGAAGGAUUUGGACUGAGAAGGAUCUCCAUAAGAUUAUCUUCAACUCUAUCUUUUUCAUGUUCUUGUAUGAUAUUGGAAUUUGGAUACUAUGACAUGUUUGUUAUAACUUUAUUGUAGUGUUUGGU